UAUCAACAGGCAAAUUCGCCGAACUUGCUUUUAUAAGAUUAUAUAAAAAUAUUGUAAAUUUUAGUCUUGUUCCACGUCUUAAUGUGUUGUGGCUAGUUUGAGGAUACAAGUACCAAUGUUUUUUUUUUUUUUUUUUUUUCUUCGGAAUGAAAAGUAAAUGAAAGAAAUGAAAUUUUACCCAGCUAGCAAAGAGUUUUACAUCAGCAUCACGUCCUUGAUAAGGGAGAUUGAUUUAGAUGAGCACGGACACACAAAAGCAAUAUAUUUAAAACAGUGGCAUAUUACACCAUACAGUUGCAACGGAAUUUGAUAGGAGGAAUUUCAAAGCGUAGAAGUUAAUUGAAAGAAACAUGCCAAAACAAAGGAAGAAAGCUAGAGGCUCCACUGCGAAAGCUAGAGACUCCACUGCGACAACCAGGUCAACACGUCGGUCAAGACCAAAGAGAUCAAACUCAAGCCCUAAUCAACCCCUGACUGUACAGAAUGACGUCCUACCUCUGACAACACAAAAUGAAGCCCAACGAGUACCGUCAGCGAAUGAAAUCGCGUCAUCAAUCAUUCCGCAGCUAAGAGGAGCCACUGAUGUAGGACAACUCCCAGCAUCAACUUCUUUGCAAGAAGUCAUUAACUUGGUACCGGGACCAACUGCAAAUAUUCCUUCCUCAUCAACAGUGGCAGCAGCAAACCCAGAGUCUCUAGGGAAAGAAAGUAGAAUGACAGGACAAGAAUCUGAAGCAGAGAACCAACAGCUGGAUCUGUCCUAUUUGACUGUGAAGCAAAAAUUUAAAGAUAAGAGUUCAUCACAUCAGGGAUCUUUGAAAAUAGUUGUUUUAAUUAAAUGGGGCAUAACCGUAAUAUCCUUUGUGAUAUUUUUAGCAAGCCUUGUUGUGAGCAAACUUACUCUAUUUGGUCUUGUUAACGGCUUGAAUGCUGGAAAGGAUGCUACAGUUCUCAAUUACCAGACUUAUUGUAUGUGUUUUGUCCUACUAUUGGCACCAAACAUCAUUUCUCUCUUGAGAUCGCUUUGGAACAUAACUGGAUGGUUUGAUUUGCCUUGGCCUGGCCUGAAAGCAGUAGGAUUGAUUACCUUGUCUGCAGCGAUGGAAUCAGUGGGUCUCUGCAUUGUCCUAUUCAAAACUUUGACCUCGGGAUCAACAAUUGCAGGUGUCAGCGGACUGCAAAUCGGGCUCAUCAUUCCAAUAAUAUUUUACACCAUUAAAGGACAAAAUGAUUUGCCAUAUUUUCGACACUUAUCAUUUGUGUCGAUAAUCACCACGCUCGCAGGUUCAGGAUUGGUUAUAUUUAUUUACAUUAAAGAAUCGGAACACGAAGCAUGGACUUUGGUAGGCGUGUUUGUUGCCUUUCUAUCAAUGUUCCCGUAUCUAAACAACAAAAUAUUUGAAGAUACAAACAACAACGAUAGUGAUCCCGACUGUACUGAUUCUCCAGACAGUGUUGAUAUGCAGUCAGGAUCAAAUAAUCCCGACAGUACUAAUCCGUCGGAUCGCAUUCACGCCAUUCAUUGUGGUAUCAUGCCUGAAAUUGAGAUUGUUGCACCAGACAGAAUCGACAGACCACCUGUUAAUGCCAGGGCUUGGAAAGUUCAAAAAAAAUUUGCUGUUUUCAAAAAUUGUUUUAGUACUGAAAUAAAGUCAGGAUCAAACAACCCUGACAGUACUAAUUCAUCGGAUUCCGUUCACUCAAGCUCUUGUUGUUGCAUAACUAGAAUUGAGAAUGGCGAAGAAGACGGAAAAUAUACUCCUCCUGAUAAUGCCAGUGCUUGGAAAAUUCAACUGAUUUCUGCUAUUUUCAAAAUACUUUUUAGCAUUAUUGCUACUAGUGCGGUUUUUAUAGAGUUUGCGGUGGGAAAAAUGGAUAUGAAAGAUGCAGUGAUGUUAGGCUGGAAUUGGAGUACAAGUGACAGAUCAUACCGUUUGUUUAUUGCUCACAUUGUGACGAGUUUAAUUGCCUACGUCACCGCUGUCUUUGCCUUUCAUACUUGUAUACAUCGAGGAGCGUUUUUACUCCCCAUUCUACUCUCAUCACCCGUGGUCUAUACUUUGAUGGUGUUAUCUUACUCUUGUGAGUGGUUUGCUACUUUUCUAGACCAACCUUCAAUGUUUUGUGCAAACAGAGUAAACGUUGAGUACAGUGUGUUGGCCAUGGUGUGUACCACAUUGUCGAUCUUUUUGGUUUAUGGAAGACUACUCUGGCAUCUAAAAGGAGAAGUUUUACUCAAAGAAACUCAGCUUUUCUGGUACCCUGCAUAUAACAGUGUGAUGCUUGAGCAGUGGAUGCUUCUCAAUAAAAAAAUAAACAUAGAACAUGGUGCAUACAGAAACGACGAGGAAUCUGGGAAAAAGGACGAUACAACGCCGAAAAGUGACGAUACAACGCCGAAAAGUGACGAGAUAACGCCGAAAAGUGACGAUACAACGCCGAAAUGUGACGAGAAAACGCCGAAAAGGGACGAGACAACGCCGAAAAGUGACGAUACAACGCCGAAUAGUGACGAGAUAACACCGAAAAGUGACGAGACAACGCCGAAAAGUGACGAAUUAACGCCGAAAAGUGACAAGACAACGCCGAAAAGUGACGAUACAACGCCGAAAAGUGACGAGAUAACGCCGAAAAGUGACGAGACAACGCCGAAAAGUGCCGAUACAACGCCGAAAAGUGACGAGAUAACGCCGAAAAGUGACGGGACAACGCUGAAAAGUGACGACACAACGCCGAAUAGUAACGAGAUAACGCCAAAAAGUGACGAGACAACGCCGAAAAGUAACGAGAUAACGCCAAAAAGUGACGAGACAACGCAAUGGGUUUACAUAUGUACAACCAUGUAUAGAGAGAGUAGAAAAGAAAUGCAGCAACUAUUAGAGUCUAUCCAAAAGAUCAGUCAGGGCACAUCAGACAAGAUCUGUUUUGAGUCUCAUAUUUUCGUUGACGGCGCUGUCAGAGAAAAAGAAAUGACCGAAUUUGCCCUACAGCUGAUUGGUCUACUGAAUGAUACUUUACAUAUUGAUGCCGUCAGUGAUAGUGAGAAAACAUGGACACCCUAUGGACUGAGGUUUAAAUGGGAUCUUACAGGUCCAAAUAAAAUGAAAUUCUAUAUUCAUCUGAAGGACUCAGCCAAGGUAAAGAAAAAGAAGAGAUGGAGUCAGAUAAUGUAUAUGUCGUACAUUCUCGAUUUCCUAAGCAAGCAACACACCAACCGCGAUGUGAAUCCCAGAGAUACCAACAAGUUUAUCUUGACUACGGAUGCUGAUGUUCGAUUUAACCCUGAAUCCGUCGAAGCUUUGCUUGAUCUGAUGAAGAGGGACACUUCAGUUGGAGCUGUGUGCGCCCGCACUUAUCCGCUUGGUAGUGGGCCUGUUAUGUGGUAUCAGAAAUUCGAAUACGCUGUUGGCCAUUGGUUCCAAAAGGCUGCAGAACACGUACUAGGGUCUGUCUUGUGUGCCCCUGGAUGCUUUAGCAUGUACAGAUGUUUAGCUUUAAAGAAAGUUUUACCCAAGUAUGCAUCCAAUGUUGAAAGAGCGUUUGACUUCCUUAUGAAAGACAUGGGUGAAGACAGGUGGCUUUGCACACUAAUGAUACAGAAUGGGUGGAGAAUCGAUUACUGUGCUGCAUCAGAGAACGAAACCUUUUGUCCAGAGAAAUUCGAGGAAUUCUACAAACAAAGACGCCGCUGGAUAGUUUCAACUUUAGCUAACUUAAUUUCUUUAAUUACACAUUGGCACCUUGUUCGAAAUUCAAACCAUCAAGUCUCCUUUCUCUUUUGUUUAUAUCAGAUUAUUCUUUUUGCCUUAACGUUUAUUGGACCAAGCACAGUUGUAUGUAUUGUUGCUGGGGGAUUGUCUUACUCUUGGGAUAUCAAUUUUGUGGUGUCAGUGAUACUUCAAGUUAUUGUCUGUCUUAUCUAUGCCGGGAUAUGUUUGUUCGGAAACGAAAAAUGGCAGAUGAAGUCUGGUAAAAUAAUUACUUUCCUGUAUUCUAUCAUCAUGGCCGCUGUGUUUAUCGGCCUGUUAGAACGGAUAGCGAAGGAGAUUAUCGGCAUUUCCUCUGAUAUUGGGGAAAACGUCUCAGACAGUACAGAAAAAUCAACGAUUCCCUCGGGAGUGAUUAGCGACAAUUUACCAGUUUCCUUUUUAACGCUGUACCUUGGAGUCAUGUGUGCAAUAUUUCUGAUUACUACUCUACUUCAUCCCUACGAUUUCACUUGUUUGCUGAAUGGAUUAUCUUAUCUUUUUUGUCUGCCAUCCGCAUAUGUGUUGCUGUAUAUAUAUAGCAUAAUCAACAUUAUUGAUUCAUCGUGGGGCACACGAGAAGAAAAAAAGCACAACAGUGUAAAACUGAGAAGCGAUUGGUAUGAAAGCUUUGUGAAAUUCAUUAAAGGGAUAUCAUGGUAUUUUGGUAGAAAAGAAACUCCAAAGGACUCUGGUUCGGUUUCACCAGGCAAUUCUGACGAAGAUAUUGAAUCAGAAAUUCAUCAGGACAACUCUGAUAGCAUAGAAGAGGAUACAGGUUAUACCGAACCACAAAAAAGUGAUGAAGAAAGUCAAAACAAGGUGGAAAAAUGGCUUCCUGAAGACAUGAAGAACUAUGCUCCGGUUUUUAAGGACAAUGGUUUUGACAACACUCGUUUUCUUAGCAUGCUGACAAAAACAGAUUUGAAACGCUUAGGGAUCCAGAUGCUGGCGCAUCGCGAAAUAUUAUGGCGGAAAAUACAAGAUAUUCCUAAAUUCAUAAUACCAGUCUGCGUACCAAAAGACCCAUACUCCUGGUUACAAACUUUAGGUCUGGAAAUUUAUAAACCAAAUUUCCAAAGAAACCAUAUCAAGUCGGCGCAAGAUAUGGAAGCGUUAAAGAGUUUCAGUAAAAAAGAUAUUGAAGAAGAGCUUGGAAUAAAAAAGACUGGUCACCUACGAAUGAUUGUUAACGCUAUCAAACGACUACGAAUUCCAACAAACGAGGAGAGAAUUAUUACAAAAAUACAGGAACAAAUAAGAAAGCAAAAUGACCAAGAUAUGAGAAAUCUUAAUGGAGAAGAAAAUAAAUUCUGGAACGAUCUUAUUCAGGCCUGUCUACAACCAAGUUCUGGUGCCUUUAGUUUGGAAACAAUUCUCAAAGGUGAACUACAAAACCUAAGAAACAGGUGGCUGACAAUCUCCGGAAUCGUCAACUGUCUGUGGAUCUUCACCAUCAUGACACUCAGCGGAAGCAUCCAUCUCAAAAUAGCCGAAACCGACCCGCUCAGUUUAUUAUUCCUGGUGGUAUUUGGAUUCAUCUUCGUUCUCCAGUUCCUCUGCAUGAUUAUACACAGAUUCACCACGCUAUGCCAUUUAAUUGCGCGUGCGCAAUACAGAUGGGUCGACGGCACCAAGAAGCGGGAUUCUAAAUGCGAUCGUAGCAUUCAGGGGAAAGGAAAGUGUUGCUCACAAAGCUCGAAGACUAAUGCAAAAUCAAUAAAAAACAAAAGAAUUUAGAAGUUAUAGUGAAGAAAUAGUGAUGUCUUAAAGUUAUCAAUAAAAAAGGAAGACGAAAACAAAAGAAAAAAAAGAUUUACAAGUCUGUUUAUAUAAAAAACA